GCGAACAUUUUGUUUGCAUUCCGCCGCGAUUUGGUCCUUGUUACUUUUAGUUUUUUGUUAUUUCUGAACAAAUAAUCAUGCCCGAAGAAACACCCUCAACAUCCUCUACGGCACCUGCCAAGGAUCCGGCUACAAACGAGGGGAAAAAGAAGAAUCUUCCAUGGAUCGAAAAGUACCGGCCACAAAAGUUUGAUGAAAUCGUCGGUAAUGAGGACACGGUGGCACGGUUGGGUAUCUUCGCGACCCAAGGAAAUGCACCCAACAUUAUCAUUGCGGGUCCUCCCGGGGUUGGUAAAACAACGACCAUUCUCUGCCUUGCCCGUAUCCUGUUGGGGCCCAACUUCCGUGAAGCCGUGCUCGAACUGAACGCAUCGAAUGAACGGGGUAUUGAUGUGGUGCGGAACAAAAUCAAGAUGUUUGCCCAGCAGAAGGUAACACUGCCGCGGGGCAGACACAAGAUCGUUAUUCUCGAUGAAGCGGACAGCAUGACCGAGGGUGCCCAGCAGGCCCUCCGGCGUACGAUGGAAAUCUACAGCAACACGACGCGCUUUGCGUUGGCCUGCAACACGAGCGAAAAGAUCAUUGAACCGAUCCAGUCGCGGUGCGCUAUGCUGCGCUUCUCGAAACUGUCCGACGCUCAGAUUCUGGCCAAGGUGGUCGAGGUUUGCCAGAAGGAGGUGCUUACGUACGAUGAGGAUGGACUGGAAGCGAUCGUCUUCACGGCGCAGGGUGACAUGCGACAGGCCCUGAAUAACCUACAGUCUACGGCGAACGGAUUCGGGCACAUUAACGGGGCGAACGUGUUUAAGGUGUGCGAUGAGCCGCAUCCGCUGCUCGUACAGGAUAUGCUGCAGCACUGCGUCAAGGGAGACAUUCACAAGGCGUACAAAAUCAUGAGCAAACUGUGGCGCCUCGGUUACGCGGCCGAGGACAUUAUUGGUAACGUGUUCCGUGUAUGCCGGCGAAUGGACAUGAACGAGAAGCUGAAGCUGUACUUUAUACGCGAGAUUGGAGAGACGCACAUGAAGAUUGUCGAUGGUCUCAACUCGCUGUUGCAGAUGUCCGGUUUGUUGGCCCGCAUGUGUGAAGCGUCCUAUGAGCAUGCUUGAGCAAGGUAUUUGUAAUAAAUUUUGUCCAAUUUCCACUACAGACCUGAAAA